AUGGUUGGGCUCGGGGGUGUGAUUGCGGGUGGCGUGGCGGAACACAUCGUGGGCAAGCUGGGCGAGUACGCGGCGUCGGAGAUCACUCUGCAGUGGGGGUACAGAGAGGACAUUCUGGACAUGGAGGACAAGAUGAAAGAUCUGGAGGCUGUGCUGCUCGACGCCGACGACAAGUCGCGCCGAGGAGGAGUGCACGGGAGAGUGAUUUGCACCCGGAACGCGCGUGUCAGCUUAUGGUUUUCCAGAAAUAAUCAACUCCUGCAGCGAAUGACCAUGCCACACAAGAUGAAGAAGGUCAUGAAGAAAAUAGAUGAAAUCGAAAAGGAGGGCAAAACGAGGCUCAAUGAUGCGCCUGGAGCAGCAAGGGCACAAGGGAGCAGGCACAUUGAUACUUUUGCAGCCACCUCGAAUGGUGAUGACACCAAAACUGGAAUGGUGGGGAUGAGUAAAGAGAGGGAGAAGAUAAUCAGUCAUGUGCCUCAAGCAGCAAAGGCAGAAGGUAGCAGAAAAACAGGGAUGGUGGGGAGGGAUGCCCAGAAGGAGAAGAUAAUCAGCCUGCUACUCACAAGUCAAGAAGCUAACCAGCAGGAUAUCUCCAUCAUUCCAGUUGUUGGCCUUGGUGGCAUAGGCAAGACCACAUUGGCUGAAUCGGUUCUUGCAGAUAAGAGGGUCAGUGUCUUUGACGCCUUAGUCUGGGUCCAUGUGUCCAAGGAAUUUGAUUUGCACAAAAUUGGGAGUGCCAUCCUGAAAAGCUUGUUUCUGUAUGAUAAUCUGAGCAAAGAACUUGCUACUAGAAUAUACUUGAUUGUUUUGGAUGAUCUCUGCUUUGCAGGUCGUGGAUUAGUUCGCCAGCCCGUGGAGGUACAAGUGAUGAACAAGGUCGUGAAGGAUUUUACGCCGGCCAUGGCUUUGCUCGCCAACUCGGAUACAUGUGCAGAUGAAAUAGAUGAUUCAGAAGAUUUAAUCAGUUUACACCGAUCCAGAUACAGGCACAGGUGGGCGUUUAGCAAAAACGCAUACCUACACCUUGAUAGAAAGAUGAGAGAGUGA